GUGGAGACCCCUGCCCGGCCUCCCACCAGCCCCACGUCGCCCUGAGCCUCCCCCUCCUGCCUCCACCCGGCUCUGAAGUCAGGAAACCCAAGAGGAAAUGACUGGGCCGUCUUGGUCCCCGCCCGCCCGCGCUCCCCUGGCCACACCCUCCGCCCGGACGCCGCUCCCGCCGCGGUCCCCUCUCCUCCAGCUGCGGGCUCCGGACCCCCGGCGCUGACAUGUCGCCCUCGGGUCGCCUGCGCCUCCUUACCAUCCUUGGCCUCAUCCUUCCCAGCAGAGGACAGACGUUGGAGGAGGCCACGUCCAUUUCUACAGUGGACCCAACUACUUUGGGCACUCAUGUCCUGACACAAGUCCCAGAUACGGUCCACCCAGAAGUCCACUCCACCCCUGAGGCCCGGACCCCGCCCGCUGAUGAAACAACACAAAGCCAGACCACAAUCCUGACUGAGACCCAGCAACCGACAGGAAGGGAUGUGCUUCUGGUGACAGAUCCAGGGACGCUCAUGAGCAGCGAGGAAGGCACCACGGAGCUCGCUGGGAGGCCAUCCCCAGGCAAAGACGCCAGGACGGACCCCCUGACCCCCGGCUCCUCAGGUUCGGAUGAGGACAACCCCUUCUACUACGAUGUGACCACGCUGCGGAGACGGGGCCUCCUGGUGGCCGCUGUGCUGUUCAUCACCGGCAUCAUCAUCCUCACCAGUGGCAAGUGUCGGCAGUUGUCCCAAUUGUGCGGGAAUCGUCGCAGAGCCUACAGCGUGGUCAGUGGAAGCAGCCCCACCUGAGAGGGAGGACUCGGAUGGACGACGGAGACGCCCGGGCCGAGGGCCCCAGUCCCGCCUCCCCGCCCCUGUCGCCCCCAGGGCUGCGGCUCCCUGGGCGGGGGCCCUUCAGUCAUCCGCUCUGUUCAGACAAAAAUUAAAGCACCGUGGUCCAG